CAAUAUAUAACAAUAAACAAAUAAAUAUAUAAAAAUGUGUAGUGUCCCGAAACUAUUCUUUCCGGAUUUGUUGGUUUUCACUUUACAUCUAUUGACUGUAUUCCGGAUGUGAUCGAUGACAUCAGUGCCAACCUCGUGGGUUCCAGAACCCUGCUUAUUUUAUGGUCUUUAAAGCCACCUAUGUAAUCAGAUGUCCAGGAACAAGACCUGUUCACAGAUCUGGAAGACAUGGACUGGAGCGAGGUGACUCUUGCCGAAGGUGAUGACUUGCUAGAUGCGGUCCACUUUCAUGACAUCGCGGAGUCCUCGUUUCACGGAGAUCAAUCACUUCUAGAAAACUUGGACACCUUCGACUUUACAGAGUUACUAGGACCUUCCUUCGCUCGGGACUCGACAGUGCAAAAUGGAGGCGGGAGGGACGAUUUCAACAUCCGUCUGCUUAAGGAAAAGGCUCUCAAGACAAUGGGGGUCAAAGAAGUCUCAUACGAACUGACUUUCAACAACCGCCUCUUUGGUGAGCAGAACAAAAUGAACGAGGUGUUCGACCUUCUCAGGGAAGCCUUCCAGAAAAUGAUAGAUCGAGUCAAAAGAGACCUUCGUCCUGGAGAUAUUGUCCGUGUGGCCAUUCACAACGAAGGACUUGACCUACCGGUGUUCGUUCCCUUCCGUCCAAUGGAAAACAUGAAUACGGACACCGUGCUGGAAACCUUGACCCACGUUCUUAAUAGUAAUGAGGAUGUGGCUUUUGAUUCCUCAUGUCGGGUCGAUGUAGGAGCUAUCCGAGGGGGCAAAGGGCGCAAGAUGUCGACUUUGGCUCUUAAGAUUGCCAAAAAGCGUUCGAUUGUGGCGAUCUACAACGACAACAACAUCUGUCUUGUUCGGGCUACUCUUGUUGCCCUCGCCGGCGCCUGUAAGCUUCAUCCAGAUGAGUUCCGCAAAUGCCAGAUGCGACAGCCAACAUUCACUGCCGGAGAAAUGCUCAUUCAUUUUGGGGUGUGUCCAAUCUGGUAUUAUAACGAUCUACGCGCCAAUCAUCAGCGGGCACAAGACCUCUUGACGAUUCGAGUCUGCGAGGCCCUAGGGAUUGUCGCGGACGAACCCUUGCCUUAUGCCUGCAUCCCUCGCCUGGAAGAAUUCCUGAAUAUAAACUUAUAUGUCAUCAGUGCAAGUAUGGGGGAUAAGUUUUCGUACAUCAGCGCCCACCACAAUCAAGAACGCAAGAAAGUUUUUCUGUACCACGAAGGCAUAAACGACAAGGAACACUUUCACGCCAUUCCUAACAUCACUGGAUUUUCCACCAGUUCUUACUUUUGUCAGCACUGUCUCGUGCCAUUUAAGAAACCUUACCGUCACCACUGCGUGAAUUACUGUGGCGUGUGUCAGUCGUAUGACUGCCGCAAGGGUCGAGAACCCUGUCCGAAUGUCACCGGACCUGUCGCUCCCUGGCGUGUUACCGAAGACACAAAACACUCACUGACAAGGGGUUCGUUCCUUGUCAGACCGCAUACAAGUGUCCCGUUUGUCUGCAGACCUUUCACAUCUCCGACAGAAUGCCAGAAGAUCAUCGCUGCGGACAUUACACGUGCAAGUCCUGUCAUCAGUAUAUCGAACCCGAACACCUCUGUUACGCCAGAGCUCACGCGGUCUCCCCGCCAGAGCCACGACGAUACAUCUUUGCCGACAUCGAAUCCUCCCAGCGAGACGAGAUCGUGCAGUGCUAAUUUGGGUACGCUCCCUCACCCGACCCUGACUGUGUCCGCUGUCAAGACCGCUCCUGUGCGAGUUGUUGCCUCUGUCAGCACUGUCAGAAAUCACACUGCGGGCAAGCCAGACAUUCGUUCGUUCUUGCUGUGUGUCAAACCGCAUGUUCGGAAUGCAAGGAGGAAAAUCGAUGCUCCGCUUGUUCCAAGAUCGAUAAGAAGAUCAAGAAGUACCUUAAACCUCCCUGUACCAACACAUGUGGGAGACGCGAACGAGUCUUCGAGACCUUGCACGAUCUGGGGAUCUGAAUGUUCAGUGACACGCACAAGGGGUUUACGGUCUUCUUCUACAACCUUUCUUAUGACGGCUGCUUUCUCAUUCAAUACCUGA